CACACAAAGAAACAUGGCGGCGCACAUCACCAGGGCUGUGAAACGAACUGUACCACAGGACAGCGGCUGGCUCCUGCCCGCAGCCUGGCAGUUGUGUACCAAAGCAUGGCGUCAUCACCAUCACUCUGCAGGCCCCUCGCUGCGCUACGUUCCCCGCAGGGCCGUUCUCUACUGCCCCGGCAAUGAUGAGCGAAAAUUGAGGAAGCUGGCCUCGCUUGAUGUCGACUGUGCCGUCUUAGACUGCGAGGACGGUGUAGCCCUCAGCAAAAAGACAGAAGCCAGGGAGACCAUCCCCAAGAUGUUAGCAGAACUGGACCUGGGCCGGACGGAGAAGUGUGUGAGGGUGAACUCUGUGUCCAGUGGUUUAGCCGAGGCUGACCUCGAGGUCAUCCUGCAGGCUGAGGUUCUCCCUCCUGCAAUCAUGCUGCCCAAAGUGGAGGACACACAGGAAGUGCAAUGGUUUGUUGACAGGUUUCAGCGCAACUUGAAAGGACGGCCGCUGACAGGACCCAUCCGCCUGGUCACCUUUGUGGAAACCGCUGUGGGCCUGCUCAAUUUUAAGGCGGUGUGUGAGGAACUCCGUGGACUUGCUCCAGCAGCUGGUCUGCACCAUGACGGAGUGGUGUUUGGCUCUGAUGACUUCUGUGCCAGCAUAGGUGCCACACGAACCAAAGAUGCCAGGGAGCUCCUUUAUGCGAGGCAGAAGGUGGUGGUGACCACCAAAGCGUUUGGUCUGCAGGCCAUCGACCUGGUCUACAUCGACUACAAAGACCUGGAGGGGCUGAGGCGACAGGCCAGAGAGGGAGCCCUCAUGGGAUUCACAGGUAAGCAGGUGAUCCACCCAGGGCAGAUCCAGGCUGUGCAGGAGGAGUUCCCGAGUCCUGAGAGGGUCGAGUGGGCCAAAGAGCUCAUUGCAGCUUUUGACCAGCACCAAAAGGAGGGAAAGGGAGCGUUCACCUUCCGUGGCAGCAUGAUCGACAUGCCCUCUGUGAAGCAGGCACAGAACAUCCUCUCGCUCGCCGUCGCCGUGCCAGAGAAACGACACGACCGAUAAGCAGAAACACGAGGAACCACACGACGCGACCCUGACAGGAGAGGUCGAUGGACACUGGGAUUGCCGCAGGUUUCAUGAACAAAAAAAAAGAGCACUUUUUAAGGCUUUGAAACUCACUCUGGUGAAGUUUGGGGUUAUGUUUUUUUUUUUAAGAACUGUUGAAAUGCUUGUAUUUAAUUCAUGUGAUUGUCGGGACAUUUCCAGAGGGGAUGAUUAUGUUAAAAUAUACCUUCAGAUGUUUUCAACUCUGUGAAAACUGCCCGUAGCGAGCAUGGAGCAGCAGAAAUCUGUGUCUUGAAGUGUGUGUCGAGGAUUAUUUCCCCCGUGCGGGCCACUUUCUUGGCACACUCUGAAGUGUGUGUGCGCCGUCCUGUCACUCUUCAGUGUGUGUCCCAGGUCAUGAUGAAUGCUCUUCCAUCUCCACGGUCCAGGCAGCUGGGCGAAAAGGGUAAACAAACACAACAAGCCACUGUUGUUGGAGCUAUUCAUUAGGCCCCAGUCCUCCAGUCAGGCCUCAGCAACCCCCCCCCCUUCCCCCACCUCUCCCCUACCCAGGCCCUGACUCUCAGACAUCAAAGUCCCACUCACUGGAAGAAAAAAAAAAAAACCUGAUGGAAGUGCAUAAACUCACUAUUUAGCUUUUUUUUUUGUGUGCGUCUGUCUCCUUAGCAAAGACAUGCAGCUCGCUCUGUGGCAGCUGCAGGCCUGUGGUCUUGAUGGAGAAGGCGUGCAGUGUCAGACACACCAUGACCUGCACGAAAAAUAAACACUGUAUACAUGCACACGCUGCGGCACUGUUCCACAACUGAUCUCUCAUUUAGCACCAACUUCCACUGAAAUAACCAGCUACAGCGUCUGGGAUGACAUUCACCUGUGUGUUUGUGUUUUAAUAAAGGAACAUUUAAAUUGAUUUCCUGACAUCAACAAGAAGCAACUACUGGCAGAACUGCAAGAAAUAUUAACGAUUUUUUUGUACUUGUAAAUGUAAAUUACAAAAAAAAAAAGUUAUGGGGACACGGACACACUUUGCAAAAUAAAUCAAAAAGAAAUUUGAAACGGGAGAAAACACAGACAUGACGACACAAAACCGUAUUUGAACAAAGUAGACAACAAUUGAAAUGCCAUCUUGAUGGAUUAUCCGCCACAUAAACAAAAAGUCUGAAAGGGUUUUACUUCUUGAAUGCCCCCCCCCAUCCCUACACUUCAGUUUGUAUCUGCAGUCCUGGAAACAUGAACCUUUCUUUUUUAAGUCCAUUUAAAAGGCAAUCGACCUGUCUGUUUGCUUUUCUUAUAAACCUUUAAAUGAUGUCUUACAAGAAGAAGCAGAUAAAAGCCAAUCUGCAAAAAAUAUAAAGUAUUUCAGUGCAUGGGUAUUCCAAAAAAAAAAAAGACAACAGCAACACACUUACACACAUUUUAAUGGACACACACAGAUAAAUCCAACAGCCUAAAAACAAACUAUGCAAUGCAGCGUAGGGGAAUCCUCCACCACACAAACAAAAAAGUCUGAAAGAGCUCCAGAAAUGUACACAGAACGUGACUCCUUGAACGCCUCCCUUUCCUAAACCUCAGUCUACACCUCUAAUGUUGACAUUUAAACGUUACACUCUGCUUAUGAGUCUACAACAAAGAUCCUUCACCUUCUGUUCUUUGCAUUACCAAAAUGUAGUCGCUCUCUUUUUCUUUUUUUUUCACCUAGCUUUACAUGGUAACUUUUCCAAAUGAAACAAAAGAAUGAACUCCCUGAAAAGUUCUGUGAAGUCAAAUAUAUUCAAAUUCAAACUACUUAAUUAAUCCCACUAGAGGCAAUUGGUUUAGAGCAGCUUUAACAUAAAAAAAACAAAAGCCACAUACAUACAACACUAAAGUAGUACAAGGUGAGUACAAUGAAGGCUCUGUGCAGUGUUUGUACACGUCUGACUUCCAUAGACAGUGAAGUGGGUGUGAUGUUGGAGUGAGACAGAUUAGUGGCCAUGUUGCUCCAGCAGACCAGGACCGAGGCUUUGUCUCUCUGACUGCGGAUGGGAGGAUAAUUGGGGGGGUGUUGAAUGGUUAAUAGUGCCAUUGGUGACCAUGGUAAUGAAAGGCACCACACCUCCCCUACCCCACCUCGUCCACUCAUCUCUCUCUCUCUCUCUCUCUCUCUCUCUCUCUCUCUCAUACUGUAUGAGCUAUUGUGUCUGGGGCAGGACGCCGGUCUGUGCCAGGCCAGGCCAGACAAAAAAAAAAAAAAAGAUCGAAACCCACUCCUGCGCCCAGCCAAAGACCCCAACAGUAAGCCGUCUCGUUGGCAUCGGGCCACAUACAUUCUCUCACCCCUGGCUCACUUCUUUGCUGUCGGGAAUUCACAUUCGGCUUGUUUGUUUGUUUUUCGCCAAAUCUACCAUUACACACCCCGAGGUUGCUGUUGUGUUUGACUUUCAUGAAAUAAAUCCACAAGCACUGUUCGGGCGAGGCCAUUUUUUUGGUCUGAUCUUUAAAAUCAAUGUGUGUGUGUGUGUGUGUGUGUGUGUGUGUGUGUGUGUGACUAGAGAUGUUUUCCAGUUACAGAUCUAGCAGAUUGUCAUGCGUCAUGAACUGAUUGCUUCAGUCUCAGAAUGUGUCCUGAUGUUGUGCUGUGUCAUUAAAGCGGGAACGUCUGACUUUGUGACUUUUAAAACGUUCAUUAAAGUAUUUAUUUUUACGUUGCAAUCAAAUCUAAAAACCACUGCAUAGAGAGAUGUGCGAGAAAAACUGACUUUGUUCCUUUCUUCGACAAUUCACUUUUGAAUCCUGUAAGUGUCCAAUUGAAUGCAGAUGAAGCAAAACAUGGCUGCCACUAAUACACUCAAGAUCAUCUUCAAAACACUAAACUGCUUCAAUCUCAUCGGAGACGAGAGAACAAGGCUGCAAUCAAUUCUGUUCUUUGAUUUCUAAUAUCAAUGACACCUGAUAUCAGUGCUUUCAUUUAAACAUCUCUAUUCUGCAGUUGUAGUUUUUUAGUGGUGUUGAUUUGGAGUUCUUUAUAUUUAAAGGUUUUAUUGAUUCCACACAUGAGGCGUUCAGAAUAGAGAUUAACCUUUCAAAAUAAAGCACUCUGUUGUACACAAAUCACCUAUAGAGAAUAUUUACCUCUUAAGCACUGUCAACAAAAAUCAAAAAUAUUAUAGCUAUAUGAAAAAAAGAUUUAAUAGUAUUGGAUCACAUGCCAUCAUUAAAGACCGACUGAUGAAGAGGACAGUGACUAGUGAAUAUGAGUUUUCUAAAGAUGUUUAAAUCUGAACAUUUAUGCUUUAACAUCAUCAGUUUUAUUCAUCCCCCCCCCCCCUCGUUUUUUAAAAACACCUGGACUGCCCCUAUUUAGUCAGACUAGAGUAAAAGUGUGUAAUGAGCGACAGAAAGCCUCUGUUUGACACAAUCGUCCAGCACUCAGAGUAGAACAGAGGCUCCCCAGGUGACUUUAGUGCUGAAGGAGGCCUUUCUGAAGGGACAACUCAGCUUCUCCUGGCUGCUCUGCACCAACAGGUGUCCUGCAGGCUGACAGGGGGAGGAAGGAAGGGAGGAAGGAAGCAGGGAGGGAGGAAACAUCUCUUAGCAGAGGAAGCAGCAGAGCAUCAUGCAGGGAUGAAGCAAAAACAAGGGGCAACUCUUCAGAGGAGGAUCCGGAAAUAAUAUGGCAAGUUUAGCCAAACAUAAAGCCCUCUUGGUGUUCGUUUACCCCAAAUAUUACCCCCCCCCCCCCCCACCCCCCUCCUUCCCUUUUUUAUAAUCCUCUUCUCAUGUCAUUCUUUGCACCAACAUCUCUUCUCAUUUCAGUUCAGAGGUGAAACAAACUUUUGUGCUUUGAUGCUCAUGGAGCUCGUUUGGCAUUGCACCUUGACGACCUUGCAGUUCAGCAACGUGGAGAAGAAGCGACGGAUACGAGCUGCAGCUCUGUCGAUUAGAGGAAUGCAUCCCUGUCUUUCUCCGCUGUGUAAUUCUACAUGACGUUUCUAUUAUGCGUGCAGCUGAUAUAAUCUCCUCAGUCCGCGCGGCCGCCUUUAUUUAAACACAUCUCUCCUUCUAUUCCCUGAGAGAGUAAAUUACAAUUAACACGAUUAUAACCUCACAAAACUAGUGACGGGAAUCAAUUAGGCUGCGAGCAGUAUUUCACAGGCCGUUAAUGUGCUGCUGGAGAUUGCUUUCAUAAAUGAUGAGGGGGACAGCGCAGGCGGAGGAAAAUGCAUGUAUGCAAAACACUGUCAGAGGAAAAUUAAAACGAAAUGUUUUACAUAUUUUUCCAUUAAUCUAAAUGGGACCCGUGUGGCAAAGAUGGUUUUAUUCUAAUUCCCUCCUCCCGGGGAUGCCCAAAUAAUGACUUGAUGUUUUAAUAGACUUCUAAUGACAAUAUAUGGCCAAGUAAUUGCAGCAAAAAAAAAAAAAA